AUAAUUUGUAGAGCACUGAGCGGCAGAGGCAUUCAAAGGUUGGAAGAGAGUUUUCCUCCUCUCUUAGCUCCUUUGAAGCGCCAAAAACAGUCAGGAUGAAAGUGGCGAUUUUGUUUUUGUGUUUUCUGCAUUUGACUUUUGUUAUUUCUAGUCCUCGGGCUAAACCCAGACACAUAUGGCUUAGCGAGGAACAAACUUUCCAGAGCAAAGGAUUGGCAAAUCAGGACAGAGUGGGACCUCUGUUUGCCAGAAGGGGACAGUAUGAAUAUCAGCAACUUCUUGGGCCUAAGACAGUUGUGCUUCCUCCCUCUCAAAACGACGUUCUUCACACCAAAGUUGAGAGAAAACGCAUAAAGCCUGGCUGCUCCCUGCUGGGCCAAAGCUGCUCACGCCUGUCGGGCUGCUGUGAGGCCUGUGCGACGUGCCACUGCCGCUUCUUCAGCGCUAUCUGCUUCUGCCGGAAGGCAAACGUGCAAUGCGAGAGGAAAAAACUGAACACUAGCAAAGCCAGACAGAGGCGAAAACAGAUUCACUCGGAGAACCAAUAAACACGCCAACCCAUUUGGUUAUAGAAGUUCAGCGGUUGGUUCACUUCACACUCUUGACUUUUUUAUACCUCUUAACCCUUGUUCUAUCAUAGAUGACCCCACCCUUACUUUGACAUGUUCUCCAUACCAUGACAAAGGUGGAUAAAGGUGGAAAGAUUUCAUGUAAUCCAUGGACACCAGUGAAGAUCACAAAUCAUUGAAGAAAAAGGUUCAGCGCACUAUCUAGUGGGUCUAGAUGACCCAACUCCCAAUGUUAAAGUGCCUAGGAUAGCACAAGGGUCACGAAAAAUGUUUGAGCAUCUUUUUUUAAAGUAUUUAUUCUUUAUUAUUGCAGCACUAAUUGGUGUUUUGGUUGUUUUUUUCUGCAUUUUGGUUGCACCCUUGGUUUCCAGGUAAACCAUUAUAUUUUACUGAGUGUUUUAGUUUUUACUUAGUUUAAGUACAAGAAAAGUGUAUUAAACGGUACUUUUGGAAUUUUGUUACAAGUUUUUCUAAUUUCUAAAAGGUCACCUCGUGUCCAAGUUUAUCGUCUAUGUGGAUUCACAUUCAUCUAUGUUUUUUCAUAGUGGGUUAAAAAAAGCAGUCAGUAAGCUUUUUUUUUUGAAGAUGUUUCACAUUUUCUACAAGAUGAAGUGAACAUCUUCUAAAUAAAAGAGAAACUAGGUUCCCUUGUCCACUUUUUCUAUUUUAUUCAGUCUAGAAAAACAUUGAGAGAUUAAAAUCAUGUGAACUUUUCUGUCACAUUAAAAAUAAAAAACUGAAUUAAAAAAGAUUAACCCAGGAUGAACAAUGGGUCAUACCAAUUAAAAAUGGAUAUGCAUUUUACUUUCUUUUUCUUCUUGCAGAAGUGGGACCAAAACGUUUUUAACAUUUUUUUUUAAUAUCAAUGAUUAGUUUCUGCAUUUUUAUUGGUCACAACAUACAACAUUAUCAAAAAAGCCCUCUACCAUGAAUAGAACGGGACAGAUUUUUAAAAUUACAUUUUGAUUCUUAAAGCCCAAGAAAAGUACAUUAAGAGCGCCAAAAGAUAAGAUAAAAGAUAUGUCACGCUUGUUAAACACAUCUUGUGUGUUAAAGGGAAAAAAAAGGGUAAAUGGCUGAUAAAUUUGUGGCAGGUGGAGUGCCACUUAGUAAAAUGAUUCCACCUGUGUGCACCAGCUGCUUACCUGCAGAGGGUUUAUAAAAGUGAUUUCCCUGUCAGUGUGAGAGUUCAGUGGCAGCCUGUUGCUCCCAGGUUGGACUGGCUGAGCGGAAGCUGAGGUCAGCCACAAAUGCGCCUCAGCACAGGGUUUUUAAUUGCUAAAGGUAGCAUCAAAUGCUCCUUAGCAAUGGUAAUGAGUGAUUGCAGCAUCAGAUGCUGGAUGGCUGCAUAAUUUGGUCAGAAUUGUGGGCUGGAUCAAAGGCUUUGGGUUAUGCUGCUCAUGUGACUCCUGGCGGUUGUUUUCCUAAGUUAAAGUAGCAGGUGCCACUGUUUUGCCGUUGUUUUGGAGCUACUGUCUUAGGUGUUGCUUGACGCCGUUGGUAUGGACCACCAAUUUGGAUGCCGCCUGCCGCGUCACGGAAGGGCCCACUUGGACUUUAAAGCCACCCCAUCACUCUGACUCACCAGGGGCCACCGGAGUAUGCAGUUUCCCACAGUGGAUGGCUGUCGACCAGCCCCGAUAUGUGCCGUUGGAUUUGAUCAACAGGCAUCAGGACUUUGUGCAGAGUCUGGGAUUGUGUUUUGGAGCUGUGGGGGCUGUGUGUAGGCUUUUAAUUGUGAUCCAUCGAUUAUUUGUGGUGUAACUGGUGUUCUUAAGGUGUCUAUCUUUUUUAGCAUAGGUAUUAUACUAGCCUUUUGGUAUCAAUAAAGAUCUGUAAAUUUUGUUAGGA